AAUCUUCAAACGAUCGUAGAAGAAGGGGUUCGCCAGCUUGACCAAACCGAAGCUCUGAAGAAAUACUCUGCCAUCGCUACCCUCCUUCACAAAGAUCUCUUCGUGUCUGAAGCUUCAGAUAUUCUCUCCAAUUUACAGGCUUUGGAUAGCUAAAGUAGAAUGGCGGAUGAAAAUUCUUCUGAAGCUGCAAGUACAAGUGAAGGUAGCGGUGGAAGUUCAAAAUCAACUGUUGAGCUCAACGUGAAGACUCUGGAUUCACAGAUAUAUACUUUCCAUGUCGAUAGAAAUAUGCCAGUUCCAUUGUUCAAGGAGAAAAUAGCAAAUAAAAUUGGUGUUCCCGUUGGGCAGCAACGACUAAUUUUCAGGGGAAAGGUCUUAAAGGAUGAUCACCUCCUCUCUGAGUACCAUAUGGAAGAUGGGCACACACUGCAUUUAGUAGCAAGACAGGCUGCCCAGUCACAGCCGUCAUCUGGAACAGGCUCUGGAGAACCCAACAGGAAUAGUGAUGUUCAUGGUAAUGAUGCUAAUGCUGGUGCUCCACGCAACCGGGCUGGACAAGUUUCACAUAGUGUAGUUCUCGGAACCCUCAAUCUUGGGGACCAAGGUGAAGGAGGUGUACCUGAUGUUACUCGGAUUAUUGGGGCAGUGCUGAACUCUUUUGGACUUGGGAACCAGACUGCCACUGCUGGGGCUAGGAAUGUGCCACCUAAUAUACCAUCCAAUGAUUCUGCUCAGGCAUCUCAAGGUGUUGAAACUGAAGGAACAAAUAAUUUUGGUGGCAGGAGCCAGGCAGAAAAUCAAGUCCCUCCCGUGCGGACACCUCCAAAUCACCCUUUCCUAUCUCUGCCUCAAUCUUUGCAAUUCUCUAUGGCAGGGGGCCCUUUACCUCCUCCACUACAUGUGCCCAUUCCUGAUUCUUUGAACACACUUUCUGAGUUUAUAAACCGAAUGGAGCAGGCAUUGUCACAGAAUGGAUAUCAAUCAAAUUUUUCACCUGCCAAUGUUGGGGAUCCAGCAAGAGUAGAGAUACCAUCUGAUGGGAGAGGAUUGCCAACACCUGAAGCAUUAGCUGUCGUUGCUCGACGAGCACAACAACUUCUCAGUGGUCAUGCUGCAGCUGCACUUUCUCAUAUUGCAGGACGUUUGGAAAGAGAAGGAGCUUCUGCUGAUCCUGCUGUACGCAGCCAAAUUCAGACAGAGUCAGUGCUAGUAGGACUAGCAAUGCAACAUUUAGGCGCUCUUCUUUUAGAACUUGGUCGCACAACUCUGACACUGCGUAUGGGGCAGUCACCGGCUGAAUCUGUGGUGAAUGCUGGCCCUGCAGUUUAUAUAUCUCCAUCAGGGCCAAAUCCUAUAAUGGUUCAGCCAUUUCCUUUUCAAACCAGCUCCCUUUUUACUGGUCCUCCUGCUACUUCUGUAAAUCAAGGAACCCUUGGCACAUUUGGUCCUGGAGAUGCCCCCAGAAACGUAAACAUUCAUAUACAUACUGGUACGGCGCUUGCACAUGGUGCAUUAUUAGUUGGUACCAGGGCAGCUACUGGGGAAGGCAGUCAAGGGGAACGUCCUAAUGGGACUGGCGCGGGUGAUUCAGGUCCUCCACGGGUACUGACUAUGAGAAAUGUCAUUGCCGCAGCUGUUCCUUCCCAAUCCUCUACAGAAGCAGCGAGUCAUAUUCGAAGUGUUUCCUACCCGGUCCAUGCAACAUCUCAGUUGACAAACUCUAGCACUAUGGCCCCUGGACAGGGUUCUGGUGGGACUGUAUCCAAUGAAGCACAUUCUGGUCCAGGUGUUUCUGUUUCACAGUCACCUUCUGAAUCACUUUCCUUCACCAGUGCUGUGGAUGAAAUAAAUACACACCUCAGAAAUCUUGUUGAUAACAUGAGGAGAGAAAAUCAAGCUCCAUCAGGGGAAUGUCAACAGGAAUGCAUUGUAGCUGAUGAAACUCGAGAGGCCAGUGUAUCUGGACGGGAUUGCAUUUCUGAAGCAGAAGGGCUGCCGCUGAUGAAGGCUGAGAAAUUUGAUGACAAGAAGCCCCAACCUGAGGGAGCCUCUUCGUGCUGCCCAAGUGGAGAAUCAACUGUUUCCAGCAAAUCAGUGCUUGUUUCAGAGAAUGUCACAGGAUCAAGCCCGAGCCAUGAUCAUACCAAGAGUGCUGAGACCGUUCCUUUGGGAUUAGGGCUUGGAGGUUUGCAACCCAAGAGACGAAGCAAGAUAGUAAAAUCGCAAGGGAAUGAUGCUGGGGGAACAUCUGGUGCACCUCCUGUCAAUCCGAGGCAUGAAACCGUUGCCAGUGGGCUGCAAGUUUCGCAGACACUUUUGUCCCAGGGUUCAAAUGCAAAUAGGAAUGGCACAAGUGGUCCUUCUGUGGGGCAACUGCCUUUUGUGCUUGGACAGAUUAUGGAGAGUAUGCCCUUAGAAGGGCAGGGUUCCAAUGGUCAAGUGGAUGUGACUAACGUGAUGUCUCAGGUUCUCAACAGCCCAGCUCUAAAUGGUUUAUUGGCUGGUGUGUCAGAGCAAGCAGGGAUUGGUUCACCUGGCCUCUUGAGAAAUAUGUUAGAGCAAUUCACACAGAGCCCAGCAAUGAGGAAUACACUUGAUCAGAUUGCUCAACAGGUUGAAAGCCAAGACAUUGGCAACAUGUUUUCAGGGUUGGGUACUGGCCAAAGUGGCGGCUUGGAUUUCUCUAGGAUGCUUCAACAGAUGAUGCCAAUUGUGUCCCAGGCUCUUACAAGGAGUUCAACCCAGCCAGAAUCUCUACACACUGUCAACCCUGAACAGCAGCCACAAUGUAAUGAGCAGAGGUCAGCUAAUGAUGGCAGAUCAAAUGACGGGAGUUCUGAGCAGAUUGACCUCCAGCAGACGGCAGUGAGGAUUGAGCGUGGUGAUCCACCAGCAGCUGUCUUCCAUUCUGUGGUUGAAAAUGCUGCCCGAAUGUACAGCGACGGAAAUGGUUCUGAAGAUCUUGUUGAAGAGCUGGGCAGCAACAGUGAUCUUGCUAAUGAAUUUAUGGAGAUGUUAUGCCGCAAUAUCAGUCAGCGACUUCAGUGGGAUUCUAGAUCUGCACACUGACCUUGUCCAUAUGGUAUUUAUUUUAGCAACAGCCAUUAUUUUAUUUUAUUUUAUUUUAUUUUUUACUCUUAUACUCCUUUUUUUUUUUCCUUUUAGUGUGCACUCUUGAACAGAGACCUUGAAUUCAAGCCUACAAUAUUUAAAUAUAUCAUUUAUAGAAUAUUGGACAGUUUAUUUUAAGAAAGGUAAGUGUGGGGGAAGGGGGAAGGGGGAAGGGGGAAGGGGGAAGGGAGAAGGUAGAGCAUCAAACGUUUCUUAGGACAUAAAAUUGUAAACAUUCAGUACAUUUGGUUGGAGGUCAUACUGUCUACAGUUUUGGCAUCCUUGAUUUUGA